UAUAUUUAGUUCCCCCGUAGUUGAUAUAGACGAAGUCGUAGCCGGAAUGAAAAUCACUUCGUUUCAAAAUGCGCCCGAUUCUCAACACCGUGUCAACAUUCCUUUUGAUUCUUCGAUGCAGCGGAGUCCUGGGAGCCGGUGAAAAGAGCAAAGAAAAAUGCAAGGAAUACGCGAAUUACGUCUACGCGGAUGAGGCGGCACCGAUUCUCAGAAUGAACGCCGGUACCAAUUCAAUAUCGCAUUGCGGAAUCGUCGAAGUCCCUCUCAUCAUCGGUGGCACGAAAGCCGUUCGAAAGGAAUUUCCGCACAUGGCGUUAAUCGGCUUCGGGAAUUCUGACGAGGAUGUUUCUUGGCAAUGCGGAGGUUCUUUGAUCUCGGAAAGUUUUGUUUUAACCGCAGCCCACUGUUUGGAUUCCCGAGACAAAGGACCGGCGUUCAAGGUCCGCGCCGGUUUGAUAAACCAGAAAACUCCGGGCGAGGAAAUGCAGGAAAGGAUCGUUGCGGAAAGAAUCAAACAUCCGAAUUAUCAACCUCCGUCGCGUUACCACGACAUUGCGCUGUUGAAACUGAAGGAGCCUUUCGAUCUCAACGCGGACGUUCGACCGGCUUGUCUUCACGUUGAAAAAGAUAUUCCUGGAACGAAAUCGAUAGCCUCCGGUUUCGGAAAAACUGCAUAUGAUGAGGCGGACGGCAGCGACGAUCUCAUGAAGGUUCAACUGACAUAUAUUUCUGAGGAAGUAUGCAAAGAUACUUUCAAAACAGAUUUCGGGGGAAGGCAAAUGCCUGACGGUUUGAUUACGAGCUUAAUUUGUGCCGGAGAGAUGGGGGGAGGCAAGGACACCUGCCAGGGCGACAGCGGAGGCCCCAUCCAGAGGGUGUUGGAAGACCCUUACUGUAUGUACAGUAUAGUGGGUAUAACCAGUUUCGGAAAAUUUUGCGGCUUUAAAAAUUCACCCGCCAUAUACAGCAGGGUCAGUUCGUACGUGGAUUGGAUCGAGGGCAUUGUAUGGCCUUGAAUCGGUUGAGUUUUUCGAUUUUUCUUCUCUUCAAAUAAUAAUAUCCCUGCAACGGACUUCACCUGCGGCGUCCCAAUAAAUUUCUCCCGAUAGAAUCGAAACCGUAUUCUCUAAACUUCCACUGGUAAAAUAAUUCAUCUCAAUGCAAAUUAAUUGGAUGGACUGUAAAUCGAAUGUUCAUCUUUUGCUGUUUUUUUUUUUUUUUUCAUUUCAAAUAAUUUUUUUCAUCUUCCGAGUCGAUCAAAGCUAUGAUCGGUUUUUACCCUCAGUUGAAAAAAUUAUAUUCGUCUUUUACCAUGGAGGCAAACGUCGCGUCGCUCGUCGAAGGACAAUUUUCUCAACCGGUAAUUCAGUAAUGUUUAACUAACUCCAGAGAUGGCGGCAUUGGCUUAACAACAAAUUAAAAUUAUGACUCAUUACUAAUGUUGCAAAAUUCAAAUUUAUAACAUAUUCGCCGAUGAAAUGAGAAUUUUUCUCCCCGAAAUUCAAAAUUCGCUCGGAUUUAAAACGAAAAUUAUCGCUGGUUCAUGAUUCUUGUCUUUUCAUUGAUUUUUGCCAAAAUACCGAUCUUCUUUCUUGAGUAGAAUCAUAAUUGAAAUUUUGCUAUCGUAGAUAAGCUAGUGGGGGCAAACUGCAAUUCAAAAUCAGAACAACUCGGGAUUUUGCCGUAAUUAAUUAUCUCAUGUGUCGCCGAGGGCGUUCGCCCUCGUGAUCUCGUUGGAACUUUUUAUUUCCUCGCUCGCGUAUAGAAUUUAUUUAUUUAUUUUUGUUAAGUUCUUUUUAAUUUUCUGCAAGAAAAUCUCAUUAGAACGUUAAUUGGUCGUUUGUAAUUAUAAAAUUUCAAUAUACGGUGUUAUAAUAAUAAUUCAAUAAUGUAUUACGAUAAAUUUUAUCACAGCCCGCCGUCUGGUCUGCAAGUUUUUUCCACUCUCUCUCUCUCUCUCUCUCUCUUUUUUCUACAUCAGUCUGGUCAGGCGACUCGGAUCGUUCCCUAAAGAAUCUUCGGUCGUUGAAUAAUUUUUAUAAAAUAUAAUUGAAAUCAAGCUGUUAAUUAUUUCUCCACAGACCUCGAUGUAUCGCGCUUGCAGGGGAAAAUUCCUCCAAUUGUAUGCAAACAAAAAAAAAAAGAAAGAAAAGAAACGAAUUGAAAAUAAUAUUUAAAAAUUUUUUUGUAUCGCUCGUGCGGAGCGGAGCAAGGACGGUAUCAUUAUUAUUAAUCGCAGCUUCGUACAAUAUAAAUAUUACAAAGAUUGUACUCGUCUAAUUAGGUUUAACCUUGCAGCGCGUCUCCGCGCGUUUGUCUUCAUGUGCUCCAAUAUAGAAGACUUUUGCCACAUAGGUGUUUUUUACACAGACAGCGAAUGCUCAAGAUCUAAAAUAGACGCAGAGGAUGAUAUACCUCGCGCAUUUUCGCUAUAGUUUGGCAAAAAUCCAAAUGAACUUAACCACCGCAGUGUUUCAAAGUUAUUAACGGAUACACGUUAUUCCUAUUAGUUAUUUUGCUGCACAAAAGUUUACAAAUGAAACCCGAACGCUUCCUGUAUAGAACGCGAGGAAUUUAAUUCUCAUUAUUAUCACAGCAAUAAACGCAACUCUUUCAACUUUGCGCCGAACCGACGUACGUAUUUGCACUGUAUACAUAUCCGUACGUACCUACCCCCGUAAUGUAUUUAGCGUUGUACAUCAACUUUUAACACGCCCGGUAAUGCGGUGCGGCGAGAUCAGCUUUUGAAGAAAUUGAAAAAAAUAAAAUAAAAUAAAAUAAAAAACAUAUCGAAUGAA